AAUGUAGAGAGUUUCUCUUCCAUCACUUCAAAAAUGCUCCACCCCUUUUUUUCUGGGUCUGGAUCUGACGAUCUCUCUUUAGGUGAUGUGCUUUAUUCACACAGGCGAGCAACUUUAACCCGAUCGAACAAGCAAACUGGAGGAACAUCAGCUUUAUGUCGUGUUUGCAAGUGUAAACAGUGGGGCUGCAGAGAACCACACAGGAAGUAAAGCAAAGAUAGGAAGUGAUGCAAGGAAAUUCCCAUCAAGUGUAAAUCUGAGUAAGCACAAAUUAAAAAAAACUGUUAGAAAAUGUCAAAGUUAGAGAUGAUGCAAACUUUCAUUGUUUUUUUUUCAUUUAUUGACAAAUCCAAAAUCACUAACUAUAUGCUUAUUACAACCUCCCAAAAAUACCAAAGUGGAACAAAAUUACAUGACAUUACAAUCCAAAUGCAUUAGAAUCCAAGAAAUGGGAUUGAGAACCAAAGUAGUUCAAGUAAACAGAUAUACAAUCGAAGAGUUCUGUAGCUUUAUAACUUUCCAUUUUGAAAGUAUUGAGAGAAUAGUUUAGUCAUUUUUAGUCAAAACGAGAAAAUUAGGGUUUCAAAAAGUAUUUAUUAAUAAAAAAUGUUCCUAAAAUGAUGAAGUUGUUGCAUUGCAUCGGUUGCUCUGAGCUUCAUUUUGGUCAAACUACUUAACAACCAAACUUUUGCUAUCAACUUUUUUCUUCUUUACAUUUUUAGUUUCCACCUAACAACAGCAGUAAAAUAGUAAUUGAAAUGAAGGUUCAAACUUUAUUGCCAUUUUACAUGUGUCCGAAGAAGCAUUGUAUUCAUUUUAUUUGAGUCCAAAUCCCCCUCAUCUUGAUUUUUAGGUCAAGACUGUCGACAGUUCUCUUAUGCAGUCAAUGGUUGAGACAGUUCCACUGGAUUACGGUUGAGAUUGCUAAUCAGAUUAUCUAUAAUGCACAAAAUAGGAACAACUGUCUGACUGCAUCUUUAGAUUCUUGUUCUCUGCUUUGGGAAAGUUCAUCUCAAGCAAUUUCCCAGCUGGAACCAAAAUGACUUUUUUUCUUUUCUUUUCUAAAAAGUUGAGACAUAAUAGGAAACAUUCAGUACUGCAACGGGAAUUCAAAAUAUGACUGAAUAAUUGGUCAAAACUUAAAUAAAAUGACUUGCAGGAUCCACUGAUGCACCCUGCAGAUAUUGUAACUGUUCACAUUUGAACAAAGUGAUUCAUGGAUGUUAUUUGUGCUGAGGCUCUGCGCUGCCGGUCAUCUCAUUAAAGCAAACUGAAGUUAUCCCAAAACAACCGAGCACAGCCCCCCACCCACAGAGGGAGACACAGAAUCAGGUUAGGAAAACACAGAGAAGCAGGAACUACCCAUUAUUUCUGACUUGGGGUCUCCAAUGGUAUUUUAUUAUAAUUACCAUGAUGUCAGAGUGUCCUACAGCUCUAACAACCUUCUGGAGUCAACAACAAGGGCAGGUUAGUUCCAUUAACCACAGCAUCUGGGAGCAGCGUCUAAGAUGGUUCAUCCCUGUAAAAGGUGAGUUUUUAAUUUUGAAAGAACAAAUAUGCACCUUUCUUAUCAGCUGUAAUUAAAAAUAGAUUUUUAAAAAAAGCUCUUAAUAACCAUUUAAAAAACAUUCAUUUUCUACUCUAGUAAAGUUAAUGCUAAUUAUAAAAAUGACAAACUAAGAAAAAAAAAGCUGAAAAAAGAAAACACGUUUUUAUUUAGAGAAUUUCCGUUUAUGUUUUGUUUUUCUGUUUGGUUUAGUUGCCUGCAGUUACCGUUUUAGACGCCAGAGGGAGCAGUUUGACCGUCUUCUGCUUGAAAUCCCAAACUAUAUUGCCAUCAUUUUUUAUUUAACUUGAAAUAUCCUGUGGAGAAUAGAACUGUUUAGAAAUUAUUUGAACAAUUAUUUAUUCUUUGAGGAUAGAUUGAAUUUUUGCUUUAAAAAUAUCUGGCUUCAGCAGCAUGCUGCUCCGUCCUCCGUCCCUCCCCACGCUCCUCCUCCUCCUGGUUGCCACGGGAACCGCGGUGUGUGUCUCCGUGACAGCGCCGCUGCGUGUUUUCAGAGGCUGCGCAGUGCGCGAGUUCACCUUCGUGGCUCAGAAACCAGGCUGCAAGGAGCUGCGCAUCACCACAGAGGCCUGCUGGGGGCGCUGUCACACCUGGGAGAGGCCCAUCCUGGAGCCCCCGUUCAUCCACCGGCACCACCGCGUGUGCACCUACAGCCACAUUCGCCUCCUGAGCGCCCGGCUGCCCGGCUGCCUGCCCCACGUCUCCCCCCUGUACCACUACCCCGCCGCCCUGCAGUGCCACUGCUCCGGCUGCUCCACGCUGGACACGGAGUGCGAGACCUUCUGAAGGCUCCGCCCUUCUGCACAACACUAGCAUGUCAUCAAUAAAGAUUGGAUUUGAAGCA